AUCUGAUGUUGUUGUUAAUCCUUGUAGUUUAAGUUUAUUGAUUGUGAAGCAAAACCAUGGCAAGAGAAGGCCCUAAUUGGGAAGGUUUGCUCAAGUGGAGUCUUUCCCACGCCGACGGUACUAACACUACUCGUAAUUUGAGCGAGGAGGAUAGAAGAUGGUUUAUGGAGGCGAUGCAAGGGCAAACAAUCGAUGUUAUAAAGCGAAUGAAGGAGAUUACACUUGUUAUGAAAACCCCAGAGCAGGUUUUGGAGUCUCAGGGGGUGACUCCUCAAGAUGUUGAAGAUAUGUUGGAUGAACUACAAGAGCAUGUGGAAUCUAUAGACAAUGCUAAUGAUCUUCACUCCAUUGGUGGUCUUGCUCCUCUACUUGACUACCUCCGGAACUCACACCCUAAUAUUAGGGCGAAAGCGGCCGAUGUUGUUAGCACGGUCGUGCAAAACAAUCCCAGGAGCCAACAGUUGGUAAUGGAAGCCAAUGGUAUGGAGCCACUGCUUACAAACUUUACUUCUGAUCCGGAUGUUACGGUUCGUACAAAAGCACUUGGGGCAAUCUCUUCUCUGAUCAGGCAUAACAAGUCUGGAAUCGCUGCGUUCCGGUUGGCUAAUGGUUAUGCCGCACUAAGAGACGCGUUAGGAUCUGAGAGUGUCAGAUUUCAAAGGAAAGCCCUUAACUUGAUCCAUUACUUACUUAGCGAGAAUCGUUCAGACAUUGGUGUCAUAUCCGAGCUUGGAUUUCCUCGCAUCAUGAUGCACCUUGCAUCGAGUGAGGAUUCUGAUGUGCGUGAAGCUGCACUAAGGAGCCUUCUUGAUCUAGCUCGGGACAGAUCAGAGAAGCCCAUUACCUCAAGUGAAGAUGAUGAUAAACUGAAGCAGAUCCUACAAGACAGGGUCAAAGGGAUUAGUGAGAUGUCUCUCGAGGACCUAGGAGCCGCGAAAGAGGAAAUGGAGCUCGUGGACUCUCUUUGGAAAGCCUGUCACAAUGAGCCAUCACCUCUUUUUGAGCAGGGUCUUCUAUCCCUCCCCGGAGAAGACGCUCCUCCUCCAGAUGUAGCAAGCCAGUAUUUCCAGCCGCCUCUUAGAGCUUUUGCUGCAAACAGAAAUCCGGAUCCAAAACCAGAGGACGGGAAGAAGGAAGCGCCAUUGCUAUUAGGUCCCGGACCAUCAGCUUAAAGAAUUGUGCCACCAGAAUCAUUGUUUGUGGCUUGGUCCAAGAUCUUGUGCUAUAUUUGUACUUUCCCUAUUUUCAGAAAAUAGGACCUUUUUUUUUUUCUCAAAUCAGCAACAGUUGAUUGUUUGCAUCAAUAUAUUUCUAGUUUAUUUAUCGUUC